UCUAGUGUUUGGCGGGGGGUGCAUGCGUGUUACUGACAUACUUGUGGUUUUUGUCAAGCCUCAUAAAAAUGUUUACAACCUGUGUUUCUACUUCAGCCAGAUAUGAAGGAGUGUCGGCCUCCAGUGGACGGGUCUCAGCUCAUAACACAGAGCAAUGUGGAGAUUGGGAAACCCAAACUGAACCCUUGUUUCUACAGCACCAGCACUGCGUCUCACUACCGGCCAGCGACUGUCCCCGUGACCAGGGCACGCACACAGGUCAGCAUGGUGCAGCUAGGGGGCCACGAUAGAAAAGAGUGGCAGACAACAAUGCAGAGUGAUUACCAAGUACCAGUGCAAGACAAGCAGCGUCUCUGUGCAUCUCACCUGCAGCAGCUGAAGUAUAGCCAUAUCACUGCUCCCUCAAGCCAACAGUACCACUUCACUACCCUGCAGAGAGACUCCUACUGCCCCAAAGCCAUCCCUCCCACUGCAGAGCAUGGGAAUCUGUUCCAGAGCAACCUGCCACUCUGAGCACGCCUCAUAACGAAGUGCAGUACCAGCAGGAGACGCCAGAGGGAGCUCAGGGAUUGCAAGCGGUCCACCCCUCUAUAAAAGUUUAUCACAGUAUAUUUGCUCUGUUAUUUUUGCAGCUAACCCUGCUUUGGUAUUUUAGUAUUUUAGGCAGUAAGAGAUGUAUUUGUAUGUGGAUUGUUGUGAUAAAUAUAUUGCUGAGAUACAUAUGAUUCAAAGUAUAGAUAAAGUAAUGUGUUUGCUAUAACUUCAACCCAGGACAGUAAUAGACUGGGUGGAGUCUUUUCUGGCAAUGAAGGGACAUGGACUCUCCCAUCCUGUCUGAGAUUGCAGGGCAGGUUUGCUUAGCUCAAAUGAGACUAGAUCUAUUUACUGAGCUGGCAAACACCUUCACAAGAGCUGCCAACCGAACAUUUACUGACUCCUUUAAC